UGUUGAUUAGAACAGAUAGAAAAAUCUGAUAAACUUGGAAUGAGCUCCCCAUUGAGCACAACGUUUGUCGCUUUUCAACUCCCAACAUGGUCAUAUAAUAAAAGUGAUAAAGCUCUCAGGAAAAUGACACUUACGAAAAAUAUGACACUGAAGCACAACGAAAGCAACCUCAAGUCAAAGAAGGUUGUUAUCCGCUUCCUCCCAGAUAAUGUUGUUGUGCAAGCGGAGGUUGGAAAGAGAUUGCUUGACGUUGCCUUACAAGCAGGUCAACUGAAAGAACAUCCUCUAGAGCCGUUUUGCAGAGAUGGCGGGUGUUACAAAUGUGAAAUGGAAACGUCGAACAAGUUAUUUGAAGAGUACCCUCUAAUAAGGACGUGUAAAUAUACCGUGCCAGUCGUUUCAGAAGAAAUACAAUUGACAAAGGUAGAUAAUGAUCAACUUUGGGGUGAAAAUAUGUUGUAAGUGUAUCGAGGGAAGAAAGUGUUGCUUUUCAUG